AUGGAUUGGCCAGUAGCACUGGCUCAACACGCACGCCAUCAUCUCGGUAUUCGCGCCACUGGCACCGACGUGGGUUGGUAUCAGCACGGCUGGAACGUCCUGCAGACCAUCCUUGAAGAGCUUCGAUUUGCUCUGAUAGCGGUAAUACAUGGAACGGCCGCCAAUGCCCAAAACGCCCCUGCCCAGCUCGUCCUCGGCCUUGGAAACAAGUUAGUGUACAAUUCUGGCAGCUCGGGAUUUGAACGCGAUGGAAAGCUUGACCUACGCGUGCUUGGCGAGGUUGACCGAGGCGAUGAGAGCACUAAAGAAGAAAGUAUUGGCGACACGCUCAAAAAGGCAACGUCUCUUGCGGAGGCGGCUGCCGCUGUGGAGUUGAGCUUGAGGAAACAAAUUGCCAUUUCUAUCGGCGUUUAUUCUGACGAGGUGGAUGUUCAACGACCUCUGUCUGAGUUUGGCGGCAAGUAUUGGUUUGCUAUGAUGAGUUGCCAACCCCGUACUGACUGGAUGUAG